GUUCCAUAGCCGAUGGAGAUGACUUUGUGAGGCCAUUGGACACAGAGAAAGCUGGGCUUCAUGAAAGGAAUAAGAUGAUUGUCUUUGCAAACACACGUGUGAAUCUCCUUGUAGACAGGGCCAGGGACUCACACACAGGGAAGUGACGGAAGAGACUCUCAGUUCUAGAAAAUGGCACUAAUUGGCAUGGACUGCUGCUCAACCAAAGCUAGGUUAAACUCCUGAACUUCAAGACAAAGAACAAAGACUUCAGAGAAUUAUGAACAGUGUUUUGUUACAUAAAAGAACAAAAAAAAAAAAGGGGGUACAUAGGAGAGAGGGACAUGGAGUAGGGGAUGUGGGAAGUACCUUGUCAGAACCCCGGAUGAUGGGGAAAGCAAAAGGGUGAUGUGGAUGGGAAAUUAGGGCAAAAAUGGGGCUGUGUACGCCAGCCAUGUGAAAGAUCCAAUGGGAAAUCCCCCAUGGCCUCUCCGUUUAUUUCGACGAAGUUACAGGACUCCUCUGUCUCCUUUUGGGACACAAACCUCCGGCGCUGUGAAUUUUCUCGAACGUUCCUUGCUCCGCGCCUCGCAAGCCGACCUUCCCCACGAUGCCAGCACAACCCCGGCGCCGCAGGGCCCACCCUCGGUAACAGCAGGAAACCGAAAGUUUGGGAGGUCACCUCCAGGAAGAUACCAGGUGAUUGAAGGCAUAAUGUCUCCUGUCAGUGAUAGCUAUGGGAAGAAAGGCUUGGUGUCAGCAAGGCACCGGGUGGCAAUGGCCAAACUGGCCCUGGAGACGUCUGACUGGAUCCGGGUGGAUCCCUGGGAGAGCGAGCAGGACACGUGGACAGAGACGGUGAAAGUAUUAAGGCACCAUUAUAAUGAAGCACUCAGAGCAUUCCAGUCCAAGAAGGAGUUCACAAGAAACAAACAUCCCAUGGAAAGCUCCGCAGGGGACUCCCUUUCUUGCCAGCAACCAGUUCUACCGGAAUUAAAGCUGCUGUGUGGAGCUGAUUUUCUACAGACAUUUAAGACACCCAAUCUCUGGAAGGAAGAAGACAUCAAAGAAAUAGUGGGAAAGUUUGGUUUGGUCUGCAUUAGCCGGGCUGGCUCUGAUCCAUCUCAGUUCAUCCAGGAAUCAGACCUUUUAUCUAAAUUUCAGCACAACAUUUUUCUAGUGAGAGAGUGGAUCCAGAAUGAAGUCAGUGCAACGCACAUCCGCUCUGCCCUGUGCAGAGGGCUGAGUGUGAAAUAUCUCAUCCCAGACUCUGUCAUUGCCUACAUUGUACAGCACAACGUCUACACAGCGGAGAGCGAGCGCAGGAACGAGGGACACCUGCUGCAGCCUCUCAGGCUGCAAAACCCAACAAUAAACCCUCUGAGGGACUGAUUCCUGCACUGUGUGCCAUGUCAGA